AUGAAGAUCCUGGUUGCAGGGACGCCUGGGGUCGGGAAGACGACAUUUUCAUCGCGCAUAUCAGAGAUGUUUGGGAUUCCUCACAUAGAGAUGAGCAGAUACAUAGAGGAGAACAACCUGUAUGAGGAGUACAGCGAAACAUACAAGUCCCUCCUCUUCGACGACAGGGUCGUGAGGAAGUCUCUGGAAAUGUAUGUCAUUGGGAAGGAUUCAUACAUCGUUGACACCCACAGCUGUGGAAUGGUGAAAGGAAUGUCCUUUGACCUGAUCUUUCUGCUGACUGCCCCGGUUGAAGUCCUCUACAAGAGACUCAAGAAAAGAGGGUAUGACGAGGAUAAGAUCAAGGAGAACAUUGAGUGCGAGAUAUUUGGGGUUGUGGAGGAGGAGGUCGAGGAAUUCUUUGGAGCAGGAUAUUAUCCCGUCGGGGAGGAGGAAGGAAAGCUCACCCCUGAAGAGGCCAUCGAUGUUAUUGGCAAGAAGAUGAAUGGGACAUCUGCAACAGCUGCUCCAUAG